AAUUGGCGUUGUUUGCGGUGAAAUACUAAACCUUAAACGCUGCUGAGUUUCUUGUGGAAUAGUAAGUUCUUGAGUUGAGUCUUCCUACCUGUAAGCGCUUAUUGAGUCACCGUGAAUUACGCAUAGAUUGAAUUUUUCAACAUUCAUUAACCUUAAAAUCGUUAGACUGUUUUUUCUGCUUUCGAAACAAAACGUAUCUGAAGUUAUCAGUUCUGUCUGAUUUGUCAUUCUACAUCUCCAUCUCAGAUCUGUGUUGAUAUUCUGGAUUAAGCAAAAUUCAUUUUUUUGACAUAUUCAUUGUUUAUAACGUAUUCAUUCAUCAAUUGAAAUGAAAAUCUCAGACAAAUUAUCCCAAGCCCAUUCGUCGGCCAACCCACCUCCGGCCACAUUCUCGUUCGAGUUCUUUGUGCCCAAAACGUCGCAAGGUGUCCAGAACCUCUACGACAGAAUGGACAGAAUGUAUGACUUGAAUCCUAUCUUCAUUGAUAUCACGUGGAACGCUGGAGGCAGAUCCUCUUCUUUGACUAACGAGAUGGUCUAUACUGCCCAGUCAACUUUGGGUUUGGAGACGUGUAUGCAUUUGACAUGUACCAACAUGAAGGUUGAGCUCAUUGACGAAGCCUUACAUAAGGCGUUUGAGUCGGGCUGCCAGAAUAUCUUAGCCUUGAGAGGUGAUCCUCCAUUGGAUGGUUCUGAGUCGACUGGUGAUUUCAAGUACGCCAAGGACUUGAUUGAAUAUAUCCGUCGCAAGUAUGGCGAUCACUUCAACAUCGGUGUAGCUGCUUAUCCGGAAGGACAUCCUGAGGAAGAUUCAGAGGCCAAAACCUUGGAGUACUUGAAGGAGAAGUGUGAUGUCGGUGCUGACUUCAUCAUCACCCAGAUGUUCUAUGAUGUGGACAACUUCAUUCUGUGGUGCUCUAAGAUCCGUAAGAUUGGCGUAAACAUCCCGAUCAUUCCAGGGAUUAUGCCGAUUUCGACCUACGCCGCCUUCGUCAGAAGAGCCAAAUGGUCUCAGAUCGCCAUUCCUCCACAUUUCUUGGAGGUCUUGGAACCAAUCAAGGAUGAUGAUUACUUGGUAAGAGAGAAGGGAACUGAGUUGGUUUCUCAGAUGUGCACCAAGUUGUUGCAAUCGGGUUUUGUCAACCACUUGCACUUCUACACAAUGAACUUAGAAAGAGCCACAAUCAUGAUUUUGGAGACUUUGAACAUUAUUGAACCCGUCAAAGCCCACGAAAAUACUGGUGGAGAUGAGUUACCAUGGAGAAAGUCGUUACAUCCUCAGAGAUCGAAAGAAACUAUCCGUCCUAUCUUCUGGCAAAACAGGAAAUAUUCUUAUAUUACCAGAACAGCUACUUGGGAUGAGUUUCCAAAUGGUAGAUGGGGUGAUUCUAGAUCUCCAGCUUUUGGUGAUAUCGAUUUGUGUGCUUCUGAGUUGUUGCGUCAAUCGCCCAAAAAGGCUUAUGAUUUGUGGGGAACUCCUCAGACUUUGAAGGAUUUCUCGGACAUCAUCGUUUCCUAUUUGCAAGGUGAAUUGAAGUCUUUGCCUUGGUCUGAUGGUCCAAUUGGCGAGGAUACUUCGGUUAUGGUUGAAAACUUGAUCAAUUUGAACCACAAGGGUUUCUUAACAAUGAACUCUCAGCCUGCUUUGAACGCUGUUAAGUCUAGCGAAAAAGUCUAUGGUUGGGGUCCAAAGAAUGGCUAUGUUUACCAGAAGCAGUACUUGGAAUUCUUCUGUCCCAAGGAUUUGCUUCCUAAGUUGUUGCACACUAUUGACUCUUACAACAAGUCUGAAGGGGAUGCUUCGUCUAGUAUCAUUAGUUAUUAUGCUGUUGACAAGAAUGGUAAUUUGUCUACUAAUUGUAAGGAUGACGAUAUCAACGCUGUCACCUGGGGUGUUUUCCCCGGUGAAGAGAUUUUGCAACCUACAAUUGUAGAAAAGACUUCCUUUUUAGCUUGGAAGGACGAAGUCUACAGAUUAUUCACUGAAUGGACGAACAUCUUGCAAAGUAACUUGGUUGACGCUGACAAGGACAAAAUCAGCGGUUUUGUCGAUUUGAUCACCAACUUCAGCAAUAACUUUGUCUUGUGUAACUUAGUCAACAACGACUUCAUCGACAAGAACGAAACUCUUUUCAAUUUGAUUGAAACGGUUGCCAGUGAAGGAAACUAAACUUUCCUUUAUUGUAAAUCGGAGAAGUCUCUCUCAGUUUUUGCUUGUUUUUUUUGUUUUGUUUAAUUCACUACGCAGGGUCUUAUUAAAGGAGUACUCAACAUACUCACUCUAAGGUUAACUUCAACAUUUAAUCUUACACCUCAUUAAGAACGAAUCCAGCUUAAUGCGUAUCCCUAUUUUAUGAUAGUUACGGUUAUGGUUAUGGCUACGGUAAUAUUGCAUCCAAUGAUCAGGGUUGAACAUGAGAUUGAUCUCUCUUGCCCCUUUCAUUGUCUUUUAAUUCAUUUCAACAAUAGUUUUUAAUAAUGAAGCCUUCAAGGUUUCAGUCUGUUUUUUUUUGCACUUGCUUUUUUGUCAUCUUCUAUUGGUUAUAUAAAAAGAAUCCUCCUGUGUAUAGUGGCAUCCUCAACGGUAUGGUAAUAAAUAUCUACUCUUGUAUUUCA